AUGAAUGAAGGGUCCAGUGUCCCAGUAAAACACAGAGAAAACCAAUUUUUUGAAAUUGGCGUUGUGGGCAGAAAAACUGGAUUCACUGUUCCUCAAAAUGUCAAAAAAGGAGCUGAUGGUUUUGACGACAUGGACGCGUAUUUCUUGUCGGAUGGGUCAAUUCAUUUGGAAGAUGAACAAGAUGAGCCAUCCAAUCAAGAAAUUGUCCCACAAAACACUGCACCGCUUGUUUCUCCUGGUGUUAAUGAACAAAAUCAUGAUUCACCUGUUAAUCCUCUUUCUGAUUUGUCUCAAGAACGAGAAAAUGAACCUCCGUCUUCACCUUUACUGAUGAACUCUAAAGCCUUACGAGCUAGUCGUGAAUUUUCUGCGCCAUUGAUGGCUUCAAAAUCGCUCACUCGUUCUUCUCACCUAUUUGAUGAACCUAAUGAUCUUACAUAUAACCAUACUGACCUAUCCUACCAAAAGAAAAACAAUAAAGUAGUAGAUUUUUCAAGGAUGAAGCUAUCACCCGAUAAAAACAACUUUGAACCUAGAAGAAGUUCAGAGUUUCCGAACAAAUCAGCUCCUUCGAAUAGCAAUCCAUCUUCAUCAGAGUUUUCCUUCAAAGAAAAACUACCUGUUAGCAAACAAAUUCAAGAACUAAAAAGGUCAAAAGCCUGGAACUCUCCAAAGAAAGGUUCCGAAGUGGAUGAAAUCCGCAUUCGACCUACACAUAAAGCGCUACCAUCAAUUUCACCUUCGAAACCCCAAGUACAGACGGCGCGUACCCAGACAAUCAAUGAUAUAAUCAAGGAAGCAACUCCCUUAGCUUCACCUCAACCUGAAUCAGAUUCUUCAGAUGUACCAAUCUCGCAAAUACCCCGGUCUUCACAAAAAGUUACCGAAGUUGAUCAAGAGAAUAUACAACCUGAAGGAACUCGUACAGAAAAAAUAAUGAAAAGGCGAGGGCGACCACGAAAACAAAAAAUUGAAGCAGAAAAGGAAAUUGAUAGACCAAGUAUUGAAGAAAAAGUCGAAAAGGGAAUACAAGAAGAGAAGAAACGACGAAGAGGAAGACCAAGAAAGAAAGAUUUAUCACCUUCACCUGAUAAAGAAAAUGUUCAAGAAGAUGCGCAAGAUAUGUCUGAUGAGGAACCUCGGAAUGAAAAGCAUGAAAAUAUUGCUGAGGGUUUGCGGCGAUCCAAUCGUACCAGGAUAGCUCCAUUAGCCUUUUGGAAAAACGAACGCGUUGUUUAUGAGCUUCAAAAAAAUAAAACAGAAACUCCAGCUUUACCUGAAGUAAAAAAUGUCAUCCGCAUCGAAGAUCCUGCCUCGCAACGGAGGAAAAGGAAAAAAAUUCGAUCCGAAGGGCGCAAACAAGGAACAAAAGAGCCAUCACCUACAGUGCCACUGGAAGAAGAUGGCAAUGAGCUAGCCCCGUUUGAAGAAGAAGUGAAUUGUCCGGUAUUGUCUUGGAACCAAAAAAACCAGAAAGUUUCAGAAGCAAGGACAAUUGGAUAUGCCUUGCCGUCGGUUAAAUUAUAUCAAAUUCGGAAUCAACAAACUAAGUUUGCGAGUUUAUUCAGCGACCCAAACUUUUUUGGGGCAGGGAUCCUGGAACUUCCUAUGGGCGCAGAAAAACCCGUAAAACCAUCCAAACAUAACCUUAUGUCCUUUUGUAUUCUACAAGGGUACUUAGAAAUUAUGGUUAAUACGACAACAUUCAGAAUGAGAAGGGAAGGAGUAUUUAUUGUUCCUAGAGGGAAUUAUUAUAGCAUAAAAAAUAUCGGUCAUGAUGUUGCUCGUUUAUAUUAUACACAAGCAGCCGACACGCUGGACGACGAAAGACGGUAUAACAAAGAAACAGCUGUUAAAUAA